AUGGGCUCAAACGUUCCAGAUAGUUUGCUUAUCCAACGUCUUCCUUCAGAAUACACGCCAGGAGACGACAGGCUUAGCCGUAUGCUCAUGAAGAAUCAAUCGGCCGUUGAUUUUAUAAGCUAUGAUUUAAUGGGCACUCCCAAUGGUACAAGAUCUGAUAUUCUAUACAUUCCAGCACUUUCUGCGCUGGAUUCUUUCCACCUCUUCUGA